UGGAGCAGCACCAUUAUAGGCUAAGGCUUUCUUUAUAGAGAAUCAGAGGAAGAUUGUGUAGCUCCAGAGAGUAUGCUAAUGGGAAGAAGGAGCAACCGAAACAUUGAAGAUGUAAAUGCAUUUCAGGAAUUUUACGCAACCUCAUCAAGAGUGAAACAUGAGUAAAGUGCAAAGCAAGCUGGAGCAGAUGAUACCAUGAAGAAAAGCUCACGGGUCCUCCAUCACCAACUGCUAAGUCUUCUGAUCCUGGCACUGACUGAAGAAUUGAUGUCCACAGCACACAAGUUGUCUCCUCAGACAGUGUCUCAGAGUUAUCUCACGGACUCAACAGCUGUAAGAAUGAGCUUACCCAAACCGAGUGCCAGUUACAAGAUAACAGACCGUAUUAACAGACACAAGACCUCCGAUGCAGAUGGGAAUGCCUUAAAGUAUCUUCAGUUAGCCUAUGACUCCAACAGGGUGGAUACCAGCUUGGUUGACCCCACACCUACUGAUAUCCAGCCAACCAUGUCGAUCUUACCAGGGGAUAUAGCCUGGAAUUAUCACAGAACAAUGACAGACACUGUGUCCUUGCAUACUCGAAGCACUUUGUAUUCAGAACAAACCGCUGCAGAUGAGAGACUGUCUGCUGUUCACAAAAAUGAGUUAGUGGAAUCUGCACUGCUGAAUGGGAAUGUAACACUGUAUUCUUCACUUUCCACCAGUUCAUACAGAGAACUUGUGACAAUCUCUCCAUCCAUUAAUUAUCAGUCUGAGCUGGUUUCAAGUACACCUGAUAGCCACAAUGUCACUAUGUUGAAAUCAUCAAAUUAUGAAGCCACACCAAAUCAGCCCGAUAACCUGCAUGAUUUUAAAACUCUCUGGCAAGUUGAGGGAACAAAUAUUGUGGAGGACAGCGUUUUACAGACACCAGCUCUUUCUUCCUUGCCAAGUGGCUUGGCAAUUAGCUCAUUCAUACAGGUCCCUCCUCUCUUUGAUAACUUGCCGUUGAAGUCAUUGACAGCUCUAAAUUCAGAUUCAUAUAUUAUAACAACAGCGGAAUAUCCCUCGUAUAAAGAUGCACUUCAGGAUUUAUUGAAAAUUAAUGGAAACCUCUCAGCUGUGUUUGGGAUUUAUUCUUCAUCCUCUCUGACAGCAUUCAGCAUGAAGAAAAGUGAUACUUUAACUGCUAGCAUUGUGCCAACCAUGGUUUCAUCUGGGAUCUCCUCAACCUUCACUGAAUCAGAGUCAACAGCAGCAGGAAGCUUCCUGAAUAGAAUCGUUCCAGCGGAGACCAGAGGCCCAGAAACGCCUGGCAAUAUUUCCCAUGCAACGGAAGUCGAUAAACCUCAACAAAAAGCAACUAUCUGCCUCAGCAAAGUAGAUAUAGCCUGGAUUAUUCUGGCUGUCAGUGUGCCUGUUUCAUCAUGCUCAGUUUUACUUACAGUGUGCUGUAUGCAGAAAAAGAGGAAGACAUCAAAUCCUGAAAACAAUUUAAGUUAUUGGAACAAUGCAAUUACCAUGGAUUACUUCAACAGACAUGCUGUGGAACUUCCAAGAGAAAUUCAGUCCCUUGAAACAUCAGAGGACUGCCUGUCUGAGCCACAAUCCCCUCCAAAUGGUGACUAUGUGGACACUGGAAUGGUCCUUAUCAAUCCAUUUUGCCAAGAAACACUCUCUUCCCAGAAGCCAGAGAACUUCUGAGUUAUUAUCAUGUGGCCAGAAAGGCAGAGUGAAGCUGCAUUUUCCGUGGUAGCUCUAAGGUACUUAUUAUGACCAGCCAGCCAAUGGACCACAUUUUCAAAACCUCUCAUAUCUUUUUUUUUAUAUGUGUAAAGACUUUACAAAACAGUGCUUUAUAAAAUUAAAGUAUUUCUAAACAGAAAACAAUUUCAUUAUUUGACUGUUUCUUUGUGACUUCCCAUGUUUUUUGCUGGUGAGC